AAUCCGGUUCGAAAUUAUGGGUUACCUAAAGUUACCCGCACCCUUUGUUUGAAGUCGAACAAACAUAUUAAAAGUAUCUUUUAAAUUUAACUGUUAAAUUUGUAUACAACAUGAUAUAUGAAAGCCCAACAUGAAAUAUGUCUAAAUUAAUAAUAUACGCAUAAAAUAGUAAUAUCCUGAUUCUAUUUUUUUUCUCGACACUCAACAUCUCGCUGACAGUGGUAGGGCAAGCGAGUUCGCGGGAAAAGAUUUCCAAAAAAAGAUAUGGUGAAAACAGUUAAAACAAAAGGUCAAGUUAUGGAUAACAGAAUCCAGGAUGUGAGGCGCUCACGCUCUCUUGGUACAAUUGGCACUAGAAAGUCCAUUGAUGAGCUAGCAUCAAAGAAGCCUAGCAAGAGUCCUUUACGUUCAAAUAAAGUCAUUGGCCAACCUAAAAUCCCAAACUCUUCACCCCAACCAAAAGGUCGAAAACAGAGAAUGUCACAAAUCAGAAAAAGUAAAGAUAAAAAUAGUUUAACAGAAACUUCCAUUGACAAAAUUGAUAGCACCAGCAAAGUUCAACCGCAAAAACUGGACAAAAAUUCUCCUGAAUGGCAAAAAAGUACUAAUGAAGAAAAAACUAAAGUCAAUAUCAAUGUGCAGCUGACACCUGCAUCCCAGUCAACUAGAAGUAAAAUUAACUCUUUGCCUUUAGUGAAAAGCUCACUGGCUAAAAAAAAUAGCCCAAAGGUAGACAAAACGGCAACACCUUCGACGUCAAAUCGAAGUAGGAGAAAACUGAUCAGCACUCCUGAUAAAGACAAAGAAAGCUCUGAUAAUGAUGAUGAAGUUCAGUUAAACUUUAGUAGAGUGUCCCAAGCUGUGGUAAAACAAGAACACUCCUCUCCAAAAAUACUGAAAAUGGAAGACACUCUUACACCCACAAAAGUAAUAAAUGCAUCGCUCACAACACGAACAUCUUCCAGAUUGAAAGCUGGGAAGAAUGUUCAUAUUAACUGUGGGAAUCUUAAAAAUUCCCAAAAAAUUGUCAAAUGUCUUAAUAAGCCUGUAAAGCUUGAAGUCGACAGUUCUCAUGAUCAUCAAGCAGAACAAGGCAAAGUAGAUGUUUUAGAAGAGUUAGGUGACAGUAAAAGUAGACAAGAUGUGUUUAAAACAGAAGUAGCUGAUGUUUAUGACAAGAACAAAUCACGUAAGCUAGAAAUCAAGACUAAAGCUGCAAAGCGAACGUCUGAUGCUUCAGAGUUGUGUGAGAUUGUUCAGAGAGAGAGAAAGAAAAGAAAAGAAGUGCAUGACUCCCAUGCAGUUCUAGAUAAGAAAGCAGAGGUAGCUGGUGAAGUCAAAACAGAGGGUGCUCUGACUGAAAAUAUACAUUUUCAAACAAGUCUUGUGACGGACAAAGAAGUAGACAAGGAUACCAACUGUAGAAUGACACUGUCAGAAAACAGUGAAAUUGUCAACCAAAAUGAGAAGGACAAUACUUUACUUAGUGAAAAACUUGAUGAAAUAGAGUUCAAGUUAGAUAGACAUGACUCAGCAAUUAAAGAAGACUUUAUUUCUAAUGAGCUUUCUUUAUCCACAUUCUCAUUAGAGUCUCAAAAUGUAGUUCCUGAUAUGACAGGAAAAAAUUAUACUGAAAUUUCUCCUUUAUUAGACAGUGCUCAAACCAACUUGGAAGGUAUAAACAGAACAGGGUGCACUGAUAUAACUUCUAAAAAUUUUGAUAGUUUUGGGGAUAAAAUUGGUUCUGAUGUAAAUUUAUGUGAGGAUCCUGUUUCCUUUGGCACUGGGAAGAAUGCUGAAAUGGAUAAUGAUGACAAUGUACAACUCAGUCAAGAGUUAAGUGCUGAAAAUGCCAUCUCAGGAACUGAAAUGGCAGCAGGGAUAUCCAGUGAGGAGCCAGAGGCAGACUCUUCUUUAGAAACAGUGUCACCAUCAGAGCAUUUAGUUCUCGAAAAUUCUCAAGCCCAUUCAAAUAAAUUGGAAGAAGAUGACUUAGGCUGUACAGUCAAGGUUUUGAAUGUUAUGACUUUAAAUGAACAUGAACUUAGUGAGGCUUCACCAAAUGUAAGUAUCAUUAAUGAUGAUUGUAAUGCAGAUGUUUUAAUCUCAAGCAGCACUGAAGAACCAGAGUCAAGUAACAGAGAUGAAGUUGAAAUUUGUGAAAAUGAUAAUUUAGAUUUAGGCAUUGACAAUUCUGCACUUAAUGAAGAUAUUAAGCCUGAUCCAGCAGAACUUGAAAAGUCCUUAUUGAAACUAGCUGCGCUUGGAAAAAGCGGCUGUCCACUUGAUUCUGCAAGUGCCACUGAUUCUGCAAGUGCUGUUGAUUCAGAUAUAGAAAUAAAACAAGAAAUUGAAGAUUGUGACACUUAUGAAAGCACCGAGAUUAAAGUUGAGAUUAAAGAAGAGAAGGAAGAGUUUGAAGUUUUAGCUGAGUGGAGUGCUGAUAGUAUAAAUGAUCCCCUGGAGGAACAUAAUGACAGUGACAAAGAAAUGAUUGCUGAAGAGGCUACUGCAGUAACUGUGCCUGAAUUACAGUGUCAAACACAAGCUGCAAAUCACCCUGUAACAAAAAGAUUUGUGUUUAAGCAAGCUGCUUCUCCCGUUGUCACUACAAUAAUUCGUAGGGUUGAAUCUCCUAAUGUCCAUGGCACAAUAAUAAAAUCAACAGCUUCAAGCGCCCCAAAGCCGGAAAGUCAACCCUUACCUCGUAAAUUAACUAUUGUAACGCCUGAGCUGCUAGAAUCUACAAGCAAAAAAGAUACAAAGUCCUCAGUAUCCAGUAACUUGACAAUCCCAUUAGUUGGUACAUCUCAAAAAGUCAUUAAAAUCUCACAAUCGAAAGCCUCUGAUGGAUCCACUAUUCUGACUCCAGUGUUAAACUCAGAUAUCAUCUCUCAUGAUGGAAUGAAAAUUAAGCUUGCUGAAGCUGCACAAACUAUAAACUUACAGAAGCAAGGAAACUCCUCCCGUGAGCCUGCUACUGAAGUGACUGUUCCAUUUGCAUGUAAACGCUCUAAAUCAAAAGGAGAAUAUGCACCAUACAAGUUUCACAUGACUCUCAAUAAAUCCACUAAAGAACCCUCUCCUAUUAUUUGCUCUGUUGCACCAGCAAAAUCACCUGAAGAAGAAUUGUUGGAAAAUUAUAAAAAAACAUUGUUGAAAAUUCAAGAUCGAUAUAUUGAUCCACAAGAUUGUCUGGAAGUACUUGAGCCAAUCGUAGUACCCAAGGUUGUUGAAUAUCAUUCCACUCUUUCAAGGCCAUAUCUAAAAGCAGGAGACUUCUUACCUAAAAUAAAAUCUGACAUUCCUAAACCCACACUCACAGCCCCUGCUACUCAAAUGUUAAUCGAUACAGAUAAAAGUGUUCAAGCAGAUGUUGACGAAGAAAUUUCAUCAGAUUGUACAGGUACUACUCCAGAAGCACCUGUCCCUGUCACUACUUCUCCUGCAACAUCCUCUGCAGUCUCAUCAACAUCAGCAGUUUCUACUACUUCAACUUGGGUCACUGUUUCCAUGACUGUCCCCUCAACCAGCGUCACAUUUGCCACAACAAGGACAUCAUCUUCUUCAGAUACAUUUAAAAAUGAUGCAUCUCAAAAACUCCAACAGUACAGUCCAGAAGACAUGGAUGAUGAUGACUGCCCCAAUGUAGAGGGGAUACUCAUACCUAAGAAACCCCAUGAAUGCCCAUGUCCAGGCUGCGAUGGUACUGGUCACAUCACUGGGUUAUACACACACCAUAGAAGCAUUUCUGGGUGUCCACGGCGAUCAGGAUUACCAGUUGAAAUGGUAGAAGCUUUACUUAAAAACGAGCAACUGUUACGCUGUCCAACUCCUGGCUGUAAUGGUCGAGGACACAUUAAUAACAAUAGAAGUACUCAUAGAAGUCUUUCAGGUUGUCCACUGGCAGCAAUGACACGGCUCAUGUCUCAACCCAGUCUAAACCAUAGAGGAGGGAAAGUGAUGCAUGUGGUGGUUCUGCCGAAAGGAGAUGACCCAACAAAAGCUAUGAUUGCCACCUGCUCAGAGAAAGAACUGAUUAGGCUUGCUGCUAAAGAUUUCUCACCUACAGGAAGUAACACUGAUCGGGUUCUGAGACCAAUGAUAUUGACUAAACAAUUGGAACCCAGGGACAUCAAGUCAGCCCCACAAAUUACACCUAGAGGUAAUUUGGCUAAAGAACUAGAAAAAUACAGUCGACCUGAAUCAAGUUUCCAAACUACAGAUGUUAAAGCUGAAAACGAAACAGCACAAGACAUAGAUACUAAGCCAACCACCCUUCAACCUCGACAUGUGCCAGAUAGGCCAAAUAUAUUGUCUCGAAGGCCACACAUGAGACACAAACCAAAUGUGCUGAGCCGCUCCAGGCCCAUGUCUGUAAGUAACAAAGUCAUAAGAGAUUCAGGUUUUGCUAGAAGUUCCAGUCCAAGCUCCACCUCAUCAUCCAUAUCCUCAAUGUUGACAGAAUCUUCUCUAGAGGAGCAGAAAAAAUCUGUGGAAGUUGGAGGGAGUGGGUCUCUAGAAAGCAGCUGUGAUGAUGAAGAUGACUAUAUCAGUAGCCUGAGUGGUAGUCAGCUGUCCAGCCGCUCAUCCUCCCCUAGUUUUAACCCUAAAUCCCCACCACCCUCUCCCAGUCAUCUCUUAGAAAUCUUAGGAUCACGAUUAAGCUCCAGGCAAAAAUCUGAGGCCACUUGCCCCACUCCUGGGUGUGAUGGCUCUGGUCAUGUGACUGGUAACUAUACCUCUCAUCGUAGCCUGUCUGGGUGUCCAUUGGCUGACAGGGCAACUGUGCAAGCCAAUCAGGUUGAACAAAAGUGUCCCACUCCAGGCUGUGAUGGUUCUGGACAUGUGACUGGUAAUUACGCUUCUCAUAGAAGUUUAUCUGGAUGUCCCAGGGCUGCGAAGUUGAAGAAAAUUUUACAGAAGGAAGGAGAAAAGAGAGGAGAGACUGAAGAUCCAUUGCGCUGCCCUGUGCCAGGAUGUGAUGGAUCAGGUCACGUGACAGGAAAAUAUCUGUCACAUCGAAGUGCUUCAGGUUGUCCUAUUGCAAACAAAGUUAAAGGUUCUAAGCCAGUCUCAGAAAGCCCAGAACUGGAAUUAAGUUCUUCUGGGGAUGGAAGAAGUGAUAAUAAAUGUGAUCCUUCAUUUGCAAGAGCUAGAGUAGUGAUUUCUCCAAAAGAGUUGACAGCUUUACAGCUAAAAGCCCAAGCUGGUGAAGAUUUGAUGACAGACCCAAGUUUAAAGCAACUGGAUGAUGAAAUAACCAAUUUGAAUACAAUGAAUACUCAGUUAGAAAACCAAAUAUUAAAUCUGCGCAAACAAGUUAGGACCAAGGAGAAGUGUGUCCUUCAACUGAUCUCUCAGAAUAAAGAGGCUAAAGUGACUCUAAGAGAAACUGCUGAAAAGUUGUCCGUUUUGAAAGAAAGUUUGAUCAAAAUCCUGAAUCCCCUUGUUAGCCAAUUCCCUGAUAUAAUUCAGUGUCAACAGUUGACUGUUGAUAAGCUGUUAGAAACAGUAGAGAAAAUCAAGACAUUAAAUGACACUGAAGUCAAUGCACCAUAUCCUUUCAUGACAGCUCUAAGGUCUGCCUUAAGGGAGAUUGUUGUUUCUUAAUCUGUUUAUCUAAAGAAAAAGUUUUUUUUUUUUUAAAUAAAAUAUAAAAAAAAAAAAAGAACAAUUUUUGUUGAAAAUUGUAGAUACAAGAAUUAUAAAUUCACUAUUACAUUUAAUCACAUUAGGGUUGUAAAGACACAUAUGUGUAAUGGCUCGCUCUAUAUCUUUGGUGUUUUGUGCAUACUUUUAUUAAUUAAUUACUUGUCCAUUGAUAAUAAAGUUUCAUCAUUUGUGAAUAAAGGUAUGAAUUUGAAAAAAAAAAAAUUCCUAUUGAAAUUGUCUGAAUAUAGAGCAUAAAAAUGUGCACUUCUUUGAUGCAGGUUUGAAAACUUGUUUUAAUUUGAGCAUUUAACUUUUUUUUUUUUUGUUUGCUUUUAAAGUAUGAAUGUUUGGAUUUUGAAAAUGUAAAUUGAAUUACCUCCCUUAAAUGUUAAGGCACUUACUAGGUUCAAACAUUCAUCUGGAACAACUGUAUUUUUACAAAGUUGUAUAGUGGUUCUUAUCACUUGUGGAAUUGUAUACCUAAAUCUUUUAAAUUUGUUUUUCUACUGAUCUGAUCGUUUUAUAAACCUCAGGUUUGAGGAAUAAAGUGCAAUAUUUUAUAACUCAGUAGACUUGGCUGUCAUUUAAAUACUGUCACAUCUGAAACAUAUACAGCUGAUGUUAGGUCUCUUAGCCAGCUGUCUUCUAUGAUAGAUAGGUUUGGACAGUAAUAAUAAAUAGCCCAUUAGGAUGUAAAUUAGAGUUUAGUGUUAGCCAGGGACUGGGCAAAGCAUUCUAUAUUAUGAAAUUGGAUCAUUAGUUCAAGUAUUGCCACUGCUAUUCUGUAUUGUUUGGUGAUUAAACAAGAAAAACAUUUUAAAAAUACUUUUAAAAGACGAUACCUCCCUCUAGAACUUUUCUCUUAGUAACUAGUGAUGUCAGAUUUAAAACAAUGGAACAUUUUUACCCCACCACUAUUUCCACCCGCCUUCACCCUAGAAAGAAUUCUGAUUAACCGAAUGUAUAUAUCUACUACUCUAUAAUGUUCCAAUGGUAUGCCUUUAGAUCUAGACUUAGAUCCUGAACAUAAAUUUAUUAAACUCUUGAAUCAAUAAUGCCUUACAUUCGGAAAUAGCUGAACAUGAGAGUCCUUUCAAAACCCAUGUUCAAUUUAGAUCUAGCCAAAUUAUUUUUUUUUUUAAUUUGAAAAAUUCCAGGUAUCAAACUAAAGUUUUCCCAGUGUGUCCAAUGAGCUAGUAAAACUUUUCUCAGCAAAAUACAUCAACAGUUACAUUUAUGUUACAGCUGAUAUCGGUGUCCAGGUUCCACCCUCAAUGAUGUGUGUUUUGUAAAAAAUAAAAAUACCAUAGCUUUAGCAUACUCUUCACUCAACCAUACUUACUUUUCAUAUAGACUAUAUAUUUUAACUUCUACAGCUGUUAGGGGGGUAAAAAAAAAAAAAAAAAAAAAAAGGUGGUAGGGUUUUUUGAAGGAACCUCCCCAAAGGGAAACAAUUCUGGGUACUAAAUAAUACCAAGCUGAUCCAAAAAGAUGCUUCUAUUUAUGUGCAAUAUAUGUAUUUAAUGUUUAUAGUGAUAAUAUUUAUUGUGUGGUAUUUUUAAAAUGUCUACUGGUAUUUUAAAAAAAAUUUGAAAAAUAAAAUUGAAGUGAAUACAUUUGUUAUGCCUCUUACUGACAGUGGAAGUAUGCCUGGUUGGUGAACUGAUUUAAUUUCUUAUCAAUUCAAGCAAUAUUUAUUUCAUUGCAUGCAAGUUUGGUUAAUAUAUGAAGUAAUCAGAUGAGAUUUCAGUCAAAUUUUUUCAUUUAAGAAACAUUCCACACUUUCACCUACAAUAAGAAAAAACUGAAUACAAGAUGAGAUGACAGAAAUUUAUUACAUAAAUUUACUCCAAAACAUUUAUAUCUAGAUUUUAUACACGCAUUUUGUUUCUUUGUAAACAAAACUAUUUUAAACUUACUGCACCAUCAUUAUUAACUUUUUUAAGAAAAGCAGUGAGCCUUGGCUUGUGUAUAUGUUACUGUCAUAGAAAAUGUCUUUUUUUUUUUUGUGAGCAUUAUUAAUGGGCUUCAUCAAAAUUACAGAAACGUUUUCAAAUUGCCUUGAUGCAAGUUUGCUAUUUUCUUCACAAAUUUUUUUUAUUGUUUGGAAUUUCUAAGCGUCCAAGCCAUAUUUCUAUAUCUGCUGUCAAUGAAGUACAGACGUUUUGUAACAUCUACACAAGUGUCGUCAAUUGGUUUAUACAAUUUCUCAAUUAAUUGCACUGGAUGAUACAAAAAGGUUUUUUUUAAACUAUGCUAUCUUUUAUUUUUUAACAAAUUAAAAUUUAGCUUAAAAAAAUGAAAGAGAAAAAAAUCCAUUUAAAGUUGAGUAAGCAGCCUCACAACUAAAACAAAACCAUAUGGCAGACUUAAAAUAAUAUACAAAGGCACAUGUUCUGAAUUCAGAACAAAUUUAAUGCCAUGAAAACUGUUUCUUGUUUCUUUGUUGUGUAAAAAAAAAAAAAAGUACAAA